AUGUCUUCCCCUGAGUUCUCAUACAGUGUCCUUGGCCCACAAUGUAUGGCUAUUAUCUGCCUCGCGGGAAAGCUUGCCAAUAGGACCCAAAAGACCGGAAGUGAAGAUUACUUCCCCAGUGCGGCUCACUCGCGUAUAUUCGAGGGCUUUGUUAAUCAGUUUAUUCGACCUAAAACAUCCGUCAUUCAUCAAAUUCCCCUUGAGGAGCGCAUUGACCUCAUCGAAGAGUACUAUCGCGAGGCAAACUGCUUCCAAAACUACAGCAAGGAAGGACAGCAGAAGUCUCUCAAGAGAAUGUUCUCUAUAUGGUUUGAAGACAUCAAGAGAUACAUGCCAGAGAUGUUAUUUUUGAUGCCCACACAAUCUAAAAAAGCACCGAAAAAGGACAACUCCACAACCAACACACCCGCUUCUCCUCACUCUCCGGGGAAGCCAGUCAAGCAUUCGACCAAGAAUACACCCACACCCAAGAAGGACAAGCCCAAGUCUCUCCUUUCUACCAAAAGAAGACGCGAAGGGAGUGAAGAACACGAGGGCGAAGCCCGUGGUUCAAAGAGAAAGAGGCUGGUGACUCCUAAGAGCACCAGCGGCUUGAAAAGCCCCAGCCUGUAG